CGCCGGACGUGGCGUCAACGGGCUUCCGGACGGCGCUCGGGCCUUGGCCCUGGAGACGGGAGGAGCGGCCGCGGGUCCAGGUAACGACCGCCGGCCCGGGUAGUGACUGUGAGCCCAGGCACUGGCUCACCGCGGGGAUGUCUCCGAGCACCGAUUUGAUCUAGUGUUGGACAGAGUUCUCACCUUAAGCAGAACUGGAUGUGAAUGGCCAUUGAGAAAAAAUUAUUUAUUUUCUCGGAUUGUAGCGGUUUUACCAUGGGGAACAGUGCGCUGAAAGCUCACCUGGAAACUGCACAGAAGACGGGCGUGUUCCAGCUCACAGGGAAAGGCCUGAACGAGUUCCCCAUGGACCUGCAGAGACUGUCAACAAAUUUGAGAAUGAUGGAUCUUUCGGGAAACAAGAUGGAGACCUUGCCUUCUGUCAUUGGGCAGUUUUCAGUACUGAAGAGCCUGACUCUCAACGGCAAUAGAUUGGCUGUUCUUCCUGAGGAUUUGGGCAAGCUGAAGAAACUGGAGAAUCUUCACCUCAAUGGUAACUCACUGAAAAAUCUCCCUUCCAGCUUCGGGCAGCUGGCAGCCCUGAAGACCCUGAGUCUCUCUGGGAACCGGCUGAAGGAGUUUCCACUCCAGCUAUGUCAACUCCGACACCUGGAUGUGGUGGAUCUGUCCAAGAACAAAAUCCAACGUCUCCCAGAUGAAGUGGAGCAGCUGCAGGCCAUUGAGCUCAAUGUCAACCAGAACCAGGUUUCUCAGAUCUCGCCACACAUCUCCCGCUGUCCGCGACUGAAGGUGCUGCGGUUGGAGGAGAACUGUUUGGAAAUCUCCAUGAUCCCCAACAGCAUCCUGGCCGAUUCCCAGAUCUCCGUGCUGGCUGUUGAGGGAAAUCUUUUUGAAAUCAGGAAACUGCAAGACUUGGAGGGUUACGACAAGGUUGGUCAGGGUGACGCAGACAAAGUUGUAAUGGCCAUGUGAAGCAGGAGGAACUGCUGCUUGAGGCCGGUGUUCCCAGUGGUUGCAAGAAGUGGAGACAGAGAGAUGAGACCAAGAAUUCACCAGUCACUCUCUGCAUUUGGAGAACUUGAAAACAUCAGUCGGAAUAUUGUUUGCUCGAUUGAUUUGUUCUAUACUAAGAAUUGCAUUACCCUAACCUCUCCGUGUACUUCCACAUCCAUUCUUCUAAAUACUCCCUAAAUGCAUUUAUAUCCCAAGCAUGUUUAUCCUACUUUUUCACACACAUAUUCCCAUUAUAAUCUGAAGAAGGGUUUUGGCCCGAAACGUUGCCCAUUUCCUUCGCUCCAUAGAUGCUGCUGCACCCGCUGAAUUUCUCCAGCAUUUUUGUGUACCUUCCCAUUAUAAUCCCUUUCUUGUACCCUUCAAUUUCUCACCAAUUCCACAACUUGCUUUUACUUUCUACCUCCUAACAUUCCAUUUUCCCUCCAGUAUCCCACCCCCGUGAGCAGGCACUGAACGAGCAUGGUGGUGUUGCAUCAGGUCGGGAGCUGGGGAGUGCUGCACUGUCCUGAUGAGGUAGUUGUGGUACUGCUGCCAUCUGACCCAUGAUUGUUCUUUUCUCCUUUCAGUACAUGGAACGUUUUACAGCAACAAAGAAGAAAUUUGCAUAAUGACCAUGCUGGUGAAAGAAUGCUUUGUCCGUUGGUCAGCAGGCAGACUAGCCUAGGAAUGGCUGGCUAUACAGCGGUAGUACUUGUUAGUCCAUAAGCGGACGUACCCCUGAUGGACUGGAGGAGAAAUGAACAUUUCCUUGCCUGUUUGAAGCUGAUAGUCUUAUGCAGUACUAAAUGCUCUAGUUUAAGCUGCUGUUCAAUGAGGGCCUGAGCUCUACUCACUCCAAAUAAGCUACUGCUGUUGCACAAUUGAUCUCUUCAACAUUUUUGCACACUACAUUGCGGGGUGGAAUCAUACAAUAGUCCUUACUCUAACUGUUGGGGUUUAACCUCGGCAGAAAUCUGGUUGUAGCAGUUUCUGUGCUGUCACAGCUGUUUUAAGCUAUAAUUGCAACCAUAUUCACUGGUCUAAACUUUUGCUGAUGAGAUAGGCCACUGCUUGUGUUAUUUAGAAGAGCAGUUUGUAUAACAUAUUUUGCAUAUAAAAUGUUCUGUUCAUCUAUUUUGCUGUGAUUUGAUGUAAUAAGGGAAAUAAGGUAGAAGUUUCUCCUGAACCAAUCCGAGCCCAAUCCCCCACUUUGGGAUUGGGACGCGACAAUCCUUAACUAUAUUUCAAUUACCAUGACUACAUUUCGAGAAUAGACAUCUUAAUUAAAAAUAAAAAGAAAUGAGGCUGUUAAAGAUGAAAGCUUUAAAGUUGUGAUCACAUUUCGCAUUAAACAUUAUUUCCCAAUGUACUCAGUUGGAAACAAAUG